AUUGACCAUUCCUGCCACCCACAGCAUUAUCUUUCGUACGAAAGGGUUCCCUUUGUAUUUAUGUUGUUCAACAGGGCGGCAAUUUGCUGUCUAUUGGAGUCAUCGGAUUCUGUGUAGUGGGUCUGAGAGUGAUCCGCUCAGACAGAUGAGCAAGACACGACACUCCUCGGGAGUACAGAGUAACCAAAAUAUCGAAGUAACUCCUCAUUUGGCCAGAAAGCGUUUCUUUUGUCAAAAUGGAAGGGAUAUUGUUGGGGGGUUUUCCUGUCUCUAAUGGUCUUCGAAAUGCAGUCUGUGUUUCACUCCUCAUUGGCAUUUUGUCCAUGUCAGCCUGUUCGGCGGAAGCGCCGGUUGCCCUUACCUGUAACGAGAAUACCGAUUUUGUUGCCGGGGCUCUCGACGAAAUCGGAAGUCAAGCUGAGUUGAAAUGUCAAGAGGGUCAUUCCCUACAUCCAGAUAAAGCCUCAAAGACAUUCUGCAAAGAUGCCGCAUGUACCCAGGAAAUACAAUUGAGCGACGACAGGGUGAGCUGGACAACGGCCACAGACAAUGAACAACUUUUGUCCCGGAAGAGUGUAGAUGGCAACGUCCUCACGUUGGUCGAAUAUCCCGAGAAGUCCCAAACCCUAUAUUUCCAGUGCCGUAACAAGAAAAAUGAGGAAGUCCAAGAAGAAAACCGCUUGGCGCAAACCGACAAGGCGCCAAAGGAACCUUGCGUAAUUCAAGUGGCAGCGUACGGUACAAGAGCGGCCGCUACUGUGGAGGAAGAACAUGUGUGCAAAAUCGGCAACGACAAGUCUGUCACCCUCAAUUCCACUUCCAACAAGGUUACAUUUCGGUGUGCAUCAGAUGCUGACACACUGUCGACGAUCAACUUCGAAGAAGCAUUGCAGGGAGAUGGCUGUGAUCAGACAGUGAAACUGGCGGAUCUCAAUUUGUCGGCCUCCUUGGUUGAAGGGAUGUCUGCCCUUUCGGCAACAAAUGCAGUGCCCUACUUGCUUGAGUCCCCCACUGAGACAGAUCUGCCAACAUACACUUUUGAGGUGGCUAAGUUGCCAAAAGAACAAACAGUACUUUGCUACAAGUGUAUCAAGAAAACAGAGCAUGAAUCAAUUCAUAAGUCAGAGCCUGCAAAGGACUGUAAGUUCCGAAUUACUGUCCCUGCCGCAAAGCCGAAUCCCCAAGGACCAGGCGAGGAUGGCCAACAAGAAAGUCAUCAGGAUCCUAAUGGCCAAACUCAGCAAGGCGAUGACUUGAAUCCAAGCGAACCAGAUCAAAAGCCUGACGGAGCAGAAAAGCCAACUGGCAGUUCUGCACGCAAGUCUACCACAGGGGUUGCCAUUCUGGCCGUACUCAUGAUGUUUUCCGCUCUUCCCUACAUGAGAUAACCCUCGGCAAUUAAGUAGCCUGUGUCGCUCUUUGUUCCUGUCGAUGCACGCGCGUUCACCAUUUGCUUGUGUCUUUCCAACAGGGGCUGAGGACGGAAAGGCAGGAUGAGCAGGUCGGUAUGGAAUACAUGUUGAAGAAGCUGCUUUGCCGAUUGGUUUGGACGGUGCCUUCCGUCGCGAAUGUAUUUGUAUGCUUCAAUUUUGAAUGGUAGUUUUGUGUCGUUGAAACACCUCAAUGGUACAUUUGCUGUCGAGUCAAUACAGAGUCGGCAAUGCCUGAUGUUCAUGACUGUUGUGACAUCACGAGACUUUGAUGUCAAGUGGAUUGGUUCAGUGUGUUGUUGAAUAGAGCGACAAAAAUUCUGCCAAACCUAUUAUCUCUGACAUGUGCCUUAAAAUGCCUCA